GGGGGAACACGUUUGCGUCCCGAAUAUCCAGGAGAUAAUCACCGACGGAGUCGACGACUGCUUUGAGUCGGGCGACAAGGAGUGCCAGAUGGGCGGAUUUUGUGACAAGUGCGGUAAUAUGCAUUGCAAAUAUGUCUGAUCCUGGGUCCGGAAACUUGUGAUGCAAGUCCGUGAACAAGACGUGCUCUGUAUGUAAUGCGCCGCCAAGCAUGACAAGUUUUUUCGUGCUCCUGUGCUGCGUUUUUUGCAUGAGAAACUGCGCUUUUGUGUGACAGGCAAGAGGACCUCCUGGUGGCCACGCAAUACAGAGUGCUGAGGCAUGCCAGACCAGCAUGACAAGUCUCGCAAUCUUCCAGGCCCAGACAUAUUUGCAUUUGAUGGGCAACGGGAUUUGUUGUCGGAGAAACGAGGACGAAUAUCCUCAGCAAAAACGCCCCCACACCCCAUAAUCAAGUUGGGAAUUUAGCAACACAAAUCUCAAAGUUUUGGGAGCUGUGCAUGACAAGUUUUCCUCUGCAGUGUAGUGCUGCUAUGCAAGGGAAGCCGCAUGAGAAAGCCACUUUCUAUAUCCUGUUUACAGCAUUACAAAUUCCAACACACGAUUGGAAUAAAUGCCUCUCAUGGCGCUGCGCAUUGCAAAUGUCCCUGUCAUUGCGCAGUUGCAUGACAACUGCUCUGGGGUGGGGACGUUUUUACUGAGGAUAACGAAGGGGAAUGCGACGGGUUUCCGCGGCUGGAAAACGUCGCGAAGGGUGUCUGGAAGAAGAUCAGCGGCCCGAUCUUCGGGGACGACAAUUCCGGUGUGUGGAACUCCGGCCGCAUCGGCAAUUGCGACGGGAAAAUUGGCGGCUGCCACCGACACGAGUGCGUGGCGUACCAAAAAUCGUAUAAGGAGAAAGUCGAGGAGUCGAUCAAGAUCAAAGUGGGCAAGUCGUGGGAGCGGACCGCGGCGCACGAGAAGGCGUUGAACGAAAUGUGCAUGAAGGACAUGCCGGCGGAGGUGCACUUGGAUCUGUUAGCGUAUGCGGAAAAAGUGAAGAACGGCGAUGUGGAGUUUUACAAGGAGGACAAGGGCUGGCUCGGGAUGGGCACCAACUUUCGCGACGUCGGCAAGAACAUGAUUAACAUCGGCAGCAUGAUUCCCGGCGGGGGCAUGGCCAUGAAGGGGAUGAAAAUGGGUACUAAGAUGGCGCUCCCCGGCUCCAUGGGACGGAACAUGCUGAAUGAGGAAGAGCCGGUGAUCGAUGAAAAAGCACCGAAGGGUCUCCCCGGUCUUCCCGGGGAGGCGAGCCAAGGCGCAGAAAAGAUCCAGAUUGAGAACGGGGCCGCGAAAGUGAAAGAGGAGCCGUCCUCUUUAGAAACCGAGAGCUGUUGCGGGGACAGCAAACAAGACGCAAAUUUGCACUCGUUGCCUCAGGAAGCAACCGACUUCAGCAACAUGCACGUAAAGCGGAUGAAAGCGGGCACGGAUAUCUGCGAGGCGCACAAACGGUUCGGAAACCCGAAACGGGUGCCAAGCAGCUUCAACUGUUGCGGCUUUCACCCCGGGAAGGAGUUAGCUGUGGGGGGAAUUUUCAGCAGUGACAAAACUUACCAGGAGUCUAUCCUGAGUAAAAACAUCCCCACACCAGAGUCAAGAUGGGGAAUUUGCAACACAAACCUAGAACUUUUGGGGGUCACGCAACACAAGUUGCAGUCCGUAGUGUAGUGCAGGUUCGCAAGGCCAGCUGCAUCAGAAAUCCAUCUGCUCAUCCUGUUUACAGCAUUACAAACAAGGUCCGAGCACGGGGACAGAGUCCCCGUGCGGCGACCUUCCGGCAUUUGUCUGCGCGGUGGCACUGGGAAGGCAGGUCGCCUGCAGCUAGGUAUCUCGGUGCGCCUUGCGUUCACUGGCCCGCGACGGGCCUGCGGACGCGGCCCCCUUGCUUGCGCGCACUACACUAGACUCAUUAGCCGGCCGCGCGCAAAGAAAAAGAAGAAACUGGCGCGCGCCGGGUCUGGAGCCGGCCCCCAGGUCAUGACGCGGCGACAGAGUCCCCGCACUUCCCUAGGGCCCUUCUCUGCGCCUUCCAUCCUUGGCCGCGCGGUGUGCUGUCCGGGGAGUGUUCUUAGCUAGCCCUUAGGCCAUGACGCGGGGACCGAGUCCCCGCGCUGGCCUAGGGCUUUCGCCCCUUGGCCGCACGGAUUCGCGGGGAGUGCUGCCUGCAAGCUAGCCCCUAGGCCAUGGCGCAGGGACCGAGUCCCCGCGCUGGCCUAGGGCUUUCACCCCUUGGCCGCACGGUGUCCGGGAAGCGCUCCGGCACAGCUGGCCCCUAGGCCAUGACGCGGGGACCGGGUCCCCGCGCUGGCCCAGGGCUUUCGCCCCUUGGCCGCACGGUGCCCGGGAAGCGCUCACAGCUGGCCCCUAGGCCAUGACGCGGGGACCGAGUCCCCGCGCUGGCCUAGGGCUUUCGCCCCUAACUCGGCCGCACGGUUUCGCCGGCGGGCGCUCGCAGCGAGCUGGCCCCUAGGCCAUGGCGCGGGGAGGGACCGACCGAGUCCCCGCGCUGGCCUAGGGCUUUCGCCCCUUGGCAGCACGGUGCCCGGGAAGCGCUCGCAGUUGGCCCCUAGGCAAUGCAGCGGGGGCAGAGUCCCCGCGCGCGCUGGCCUAGGCAGGGGUGGCUUUCGCCCUUUGGCCGCACGGGGUCACAGGAAGUGCUGCGAGCUAGCCCCUAGGCCAUGGCGCGGGGACCGAGUCCCCGCGCUGCCCUAGGGGUUUCGCCCCGCCCUUGGCCGCGCGGUGUCCGGGAAGCGCUUACAGCUGGCCCCUAGGCCAUGACGCGGGGACCGAGUCCCCGCGCUGGCCUAGGGCCUUCGCCCCUUGGCCGCACGGAUUCGCGGGAAGUGCUGCCCGCAAGCUAGCCCCUAGGCCAUGGCGCGGGGACCGAGUCCCCGCGCUGGCCUAGGGCUUUCGCCCCUUUGCCGCACGGUGCCCGGGAAGCGCUCCGGCACAGCUGGCCCCUAGGCCAUGACGCGGGGACCGAGUCCCCGCGCUAGCCUAGGGCUUUCGCCCCUUGGCCGCACGGUGUCCGGGAAGCGCUCACAGCUGGCCCCUAGGCCAUGACGCGGGGGCCGAGUCCCCACGCUGGCCUACUUUGACGCACGGUGUCCGGGAAGCGCUCACAGCUGGCCCCUAGGCCGUGACGCGGGGACCGAGUCCCCGCGCUGGCCUAGGAAGUGCUUUCGCCCCUUGGCCGCACGGUGUCCGGGAAGCGCUCACAGCUGGCCCCUAGGCCAUGACGCGGGGACCGAGUCCCCGCGCUGGCCUAGGGCUUUCGCCCCUUGGCCGCACGGUGUCCGGGAAGCGCCCACAGCUGGCCCCUAGGCCAUGACGCGGGGACCGAGUCCCCACGCAGGCCUAGGGCUUUCGCCCCUUGGCCGCACGGUGUCUGUCCGGGAAGCGCCCACAGCUGGCCCCUAGGCCAUGACGCGGGGACCGAGACCCCGCGCUGGCCUAGGGCUUUCGCCCCUUGGCCGCACGGUCUCGCGUGACAGACUGGACUUCGGGUCCAAGCCUCACGUGACAAAGUCCGAAAAUUUGGUCGGGGUGUGUCCGAAAGUCUGCCCGGGGUGUGUCCGAAAGUCUGCCCGGGGUGUGUCUGGGGUAUGUUCGGACUUUUUGCCUGGGGUAUGUUCGGGGGUCUGUCUGGGGUAUGUCUGGGGUGUGUCUGGGGUGUGUCUGGGGUAUGUUUAUACCCCACCUGUUGGCUUUUCGGCAAAAAAUUGCAGUCCGCUCGUGAUUGAGGAGCAUUUGCAUACCCCUGACACACCCCCGAACAUACCCCCGAGCAUACCCCUCACCUGCAUUUUUGACCAGCUGCUGCAGUUUAGAUAGUAAUUCCAAAACACGACUAAAAAUGCCUCUCCUGGCGAUGCGCAUUACAAAUGUUCCUGUCAUUGCAAAUCUGCAUGACAACUCUGGUGUGGGGACGUUUUUACUCAGGAUAGAAUCCCACCCGCGGUGCAGCUUCCCGCACGACAUUGGCAUGCACGAGAUCGUAUCAAAUGUAAAAAUGUCUGGGUCUGAAAGAUUGGAACUUGUCAUGCUAAAUCUAAAUGAUGCAAAAAUCUGUGUUGCGUGAGUGCCAAAAGCUGUCCGCUUUUGACCAAGUUGAGAGGGAGUUGCUCAUGCAGGAACGGCAUGAUAGAGACCUCAAAGAAUCUGUCAUGCUGGGUCUCGCAUUCCAGACCUCACGGGUCAUGGAAAAGCUGCAUGACAAAUCUGACAUUCUUCCAGACCCAGACAUUUUUACACUUCAUAGAUCGAGGCUUGUUUGAGUCACAAGCCGAAGGUGUCGCUCUUCGUGCAGUGCGCGGAUCGGUACAUGGCGGAGAGCGGGAACGGGCAGAUUUCCUUUGCGGACAGCAUGACAGCCAGGCUGUACCCGGGUCUGUCGAUUUUCCAAUACGCUGGGUUUCCGAAAUUCGUGAUCAAAACGUUGGCAAACGCGGAGCUGACGAUGGAAGCGGGGUACGACGAAGAAAAAGUAACGCAAACCGUGAUGGAAGAGGAAGCUCGGGCGCAUUUCGAGCACCAGCAAGAGCAGAAAGGGGAACUACAGACUGUAGCCCCGCCACCGGAACAUGUAGAGGAGCAGCAGGAUCAAGUCAUAGAGCGAAGCGUGAUAAGAAUGCCAGGUGUUUCUGCCGCUACGUCUGCUAGUGCAGCGGCCGCGUCGUUUUUCUCCGCUACGAACUCGACAACUCACACAUCGAGUCCGGAAUCACUUGCGAAAACCGAUCUGGAAGCCUUUGACAACACUGGGGGGCUGGCAGCAGCACAAGAACCAGAGCUAGGAGUAGUAUCACCAACUUCAUCUUCACCGCCGAACAACCAGAAGCAAGGACAGAGUGGACAAGAAGUUGCAAAAAGAAUAGCAGCUUCAUCUUUUCCUGCAUCGCACCAAGAGCAGGGACAAAACCGGCAAGAGUUACUAAAACCACCAGAUGAACAAGGAGAGCGAAACCGAAUGGAUAAACAGCCGUGGUCGCUCCUGGAGUUAACGCAGCGGCUGAAGCGGGACUUGGGAAAGCUGAAGGACUUCACGAAGGAGGUUCACCAGUCGGUGAGAAGCAGGACAAGUUUGAAUUUUCACGAAACGUGGGGGAAGAUGGAGUUUAAGGAGCUGUUGUUGAAUGAUCAUGACAAGGAUGAUACAACAAAUACGGCUGCUCUUGGUGACCCUGUUUUUUCGCCUGUGAAAAAUAACAGCUCGUCCAGCACCAGCGGCGCAUCAAGUUCGUUUGUCGAAAAUAAAGAAGAGGACAAAAAAAUAAAGGUCGCCACCGCGGCUACUGACCACGCCGUUGCAUCACAAGCCAGUCGCGCCAGUACUGUCUCAAAAGAGCUGCAGACAAGUGAAAAGACGAAAAAUAAGGUGGGCACCACGACAAAAAAGGUUUCCUUGCUGACCGAAGCCGUGGGUUUGCAGCCGAAACUGCCCUACAUCCUCGCUUUUGCGAAAGAGUUUCAGUACAAGGGGAACGUUGAGCAUGCCAAGUAUGCAUUGCAAAUAUGUCUGGGUCUGGAAGGUGGCGACUUGUCAUGGUAAGUCUGAAGCAUGCAAAAAUCUGUGUUGCAUGGUUGCCAAAAGCUGUCCACUUUUGACCAAGUUGGGAGGGAGUUACUCAUGCAGGAUAGGCAUGGCAGGGACCUCGCAGAGUCUGUCAUGCUAAGUCCCGCAUUCCAGACCUCAUGGGUCAUGGAAAAUCCGCAUGACAAGUUUACACUUUUCCAGGCCCAGACAUUUUUGCACUUGAUACCAAGGCCGACUUGGCAAUCAUGGACCAUUGCUGGCGCGAGGAUGAUAUCCUGUGCAAAAGUAUCGUACUCGUAUUGCAAGCAUGCAUUACAAAUCUUUUCCCUAAGGCAAAUCAGCAUUAGAAAUUUUGUUUCUCAUACUGAGGAAAGUUGUAAUGCAUUUAUACGAGUGGGAGUGCGAUACUUUUGCACUGCAUAGAUGACAUGCUGACAAGAAAGUACUUGGAAAAUUUCCGACAAUUCUACUACUCGAAGUUGUUGAAGCCGGAAGCAGGCGGAGGUAAAGAACAAGCUGCUGCAGAUGCUGCAGUUGGUGCUUCAACUACACCUACAUCUUCUCCAGAUGGAAUAAUUGUGCCUCCAACUGCGGCGGAACAGGCCGGACUGACCCCGGAGCAGCAGCAGCAACAGGUGCAACAGCAGUCGAGUGGGCUCCUAUCCCUCCAAGAAAUCUACAACACGUACGUAAAUGAGUUGGCCAAGACAGACACCUUCUCGGUCCCGUCCGCUAUUGGGACCACGGAUAAAACGACCAUCGACCAGAAAAUGAUGAGCAUUUCGGCGCAAAUAGAAGAGGAAAAACCGCCAGAAGAUAAAGGCUCUUUAUCGACCGGCUGGUUGGUCUUCGUGAUCGUGUUAAUCGUUUUGCUCGUCGCGGGACUUGGAUUGGCCGUUGUGUACUCUCUCAUGCCGGAACUGUUUGGGUUGGAAAAUGCCGGAACUGCGAAUUAUGAAGAUUACAACACGGGCUGGGACCACGAAGGAGCUUCUGCUGGGCAAUACAAUUUUUACUGGGACGAGGAAUCUGGGACCUGGGUAGAAACAGGACAACAGUGGGAACAAUCUUACGACCAAGAAUAUGGAAUGGCAGCUUUCGGCGCUUCUUACGACGACAUGAAGGGCGGUACGAUCAUGUCGAAAAAGGGUAGAAAGCUCGGCACGAAGAAGGGCGAAGGAAAAACAACUUCUAAGGAUUUCAAUUUCUACAGUGGCAAACCAGGUAAGAAAGGCAAGGGAAAACAGGGAAAAUUCAGCGGCGGGAAGCAAGACGAUGGGGGUCGAGUGCCGUCGCCAGUAUCAAAUGCAAAAAUGUCUGGGUCUGGAAGAAUGUAACUUGUCAUGCUAAAUUACUAUCUAUUAUAUUCAUGCGAAAAAAGAGGUCUACAGAGGGUCUAAGGGAGGUGGCCGAGAGGUCAAAAAGAGGUCGACAGAGGUCCAAAAGAGGUCGACAGAGGUGGAGGGGUGGCGCGGGAGGUCGUUCGGGAGGGUGGCCGAGAGGUGGCGCGGGUAUAGCCAGCCGAACCGUUCACCCUAAAGCCGCGCCUAUGGGGCCCGGAGGUGGCCGAGAGGGUCCCGAGAGGGUAAGCGAGAGGGGGACAGGGGUGCCGAGAGGUUGCGCGAAUAAGGAGGAACCUCCCGCACACCCUCCCUCUGGGCCACCUCUCGGCCACCUCUGUAGACCUCUACCGGCGAGUAUAGCCGGACUAUUAGCAACACCUCUCGGAAGAGGUGAAAAAGAGGGUCUGCGAGAGGGGUAAAAAAACCCGAAUCCGCUCGGCGCAGAGCUGUUUUUUUGCGGCCUUUUCAUGCAUAGGCCGGCCCGAACCCUCUCGCGCUACCGUCUCGCGCACCCUCUCGCGCACCCUCUCGCGCCACCCUCUCGCGCCGCCCUCUCGCGCUACGGCAACCCUCUCGCGCCGGGCGGCUUCUGUUCGCCCCCGGUGUUCUUUGCAGCUGCCCCGUGCGCAGAGCGCCCACAGGCGCGGGAAGCGCGCAAGUGGCCCUGCGGGUUGGCGCGGCGCAAACAGGCGGCAGGACUCCAGUAUGUUUCGUCGUGCAUUAUAUUAGGCCCGUGGCAUUAUGGUCCGAUCGGCAAACAGUCUUGCCCCGGCCCAACAGCCUUGCGCUCCGGCGGCAGCCGGAGCAUGGCUGGUCCGAAUAAUGCGAAAAUCUGUGGUGCAUGAGGGCCAAAAGCUGUCCACUUUCGACCAAGGUGGGAGGGAAUUUCUCAUGCAGCAUAGGCAUAGCAGAGACCUCACAGACUCUGUCAUGCUAGAUCCCGCAUUUCAGACCUCAUGGGUCACGGAAAACCUGCAUGACAAGUUUAACACUCUUCCAGACCCAGACAUUUUUACAGUUGAUAGCCAGACCCCCCAGACGACUCGUCGCCCUUCGAAGAGAUGUGCGCCCAACAGUAGGAGGGGUUAUUUGUCAGUGGGAGAGUAAGCACCUACAUCACACUUGUUGCUAGCGAAGAGAGCAGUUUUUUCUUGAAAAAUUUCAUUUGUUUUGUAGCAUUUUACACGUGACGUCGAGCGAGAAACGCGUCACGACAGUUCAUUCGGUUUCUUGUGAAUCGAAAAAGUUUCGAAGAAGAAGUUUUUUUCCAAUGUAUGAUAGCUGUAGCAAUGUCACAACUACAUCCACUUUAAGUUUCUGUAACACUAGCAUCAGACCACGCGAGAAUGAAUUUCAUUUGUUUUGUAGCAUUUGUCGAUCGUUAAGACAAUCGGAAGUUUCAUUUGUUUUGUAGCAUUUCACAGCGCAAUGUUUUAGAACCGUAGCCACGAGCGUAGCUAGUGCGGCAGUUGCUGUACACGCAAGGCUUCCGAGCCUUGGAAAAAUGCAGGUAAUUUAACGUUUGUACAGUAUGUCUUGUUUCUUCUCGGAAUUAUCUGUGAUUGUAUCAUUGAAUUGAUUUGCAUCUGUG